AUGGUAGGUGAGCGGGAUGCUGGUGUGGGCGCGGGCGCGGCGGCUGGACCGGGCGCGGCGAGCCGGGGAGAACGCGGGGGCAGGGUCUCCCCCAGGGCGGCUCCUCUCUGCUUCAAUUGCUCCAUCCUCCCUGGAGACAGGACCCUGGGUGCAAGGAGCCUGGUGCCCUGCAAUGGCAGCAGGGCCCUGGAGUUCUUUGACCCCCAGGACUUGAAUCUGACUGAUGAGGAGCUCAGGCUCAAGUACCUGGGGCCCCAGCAGACGGAGCUGUUCGUGCCCAUCUGUGUGACGUACCUAUUGAUCUUUGUGGUGGGUGCCCUGGGCAACGCACUGACAUGCACGGUUAUCCUGCGCCACAGGGCCAUGCGGACGCCCACCAACUACUACCUCUUCAGCCUGGCUGUGUCAGACCUGCUGGUGCUGCUCAUGGGCCUGCCCCUGGAGCUCUACGAGAUGUGGCGCAACUACCCUUUCCUGCUGGGCGCUGGCGGCUGCUACUUCCGCACACUGCUCUUCGAGACAGUCUGCCUGGCCUCAGUGCUCAACGUCACCGCCCUGAGCGUGGAGCGCUACAUGGCCGUGGUGCACCCGCUGCAGGCUAGGUCCGUGGUGACGCACGCUCACGUGCGCCGCGUGCUCGGGGCCAUCUGGGCCCUCGCGGUGCUUUGCUCUCUGCCCAACACCAGCCUGCAUGGCAUCCGGCAGCUGGACGUGCCCUGCCGGGGCACAGUGCCCAACUCGGCCAUGUGCACCCUGGUCCGCCAGAGAGCCCUCUACAACCUGGUGGUGCAGACCACCGCGCUGCUCUUCUUCUGCCUGCCCAUGGCCACCAUCAGCGUGCUCUACCUGCUCAUCGGGCUGCGGCUGCGGCGUGACAGGCUGCUGAGUCUCGGGCAGGAGGCCAAGGGCAGGGCCAGGACUAGCAACAGCCGCAGGCUUCAGCGGCUGCAGAAUAGAGGUCGGACACAGGUGACCAGGAUGCUGUUUGUGCUGGUCGUGGUGUUUGGGAUCUGCUGGGCCCCGUUCCACAUCGACCGCCUCAUGUGGAGUCUCGUGUCCCGCUGGACCGAGGGCCUGCACCUGGCCUUCCAGUACGUGCACGUUGUCUCCGGUGUCUUCUUCUACCUCAGCUCGGCUGCCAACCCUGUGCUCUACAGUCUCAUGUCCAGCCGCUUCCGGGACACCUUCCGGGAGGCCCUGUGCUUGGGGACCCGGUGCCACCACCACAGACGCCGCCGCAGCUCCCACAGCCUCAGCAGGGUGACCACGGGCACCACCCUCUGUGACACGGGCUCCCUGGGCAGCAGGGCCCAGUCUCUGGCUGAGAACGGUGGCCCAGACGGGCAGCAAGAGAUGGACCCCUCCAGAGAGGAGCCUCAGGCACCUUCACCCUGAGAGGCCAGAGGGCCACACCCGCCUCCUCUGCUGGGUGUCUUCGUGGCCUGUCCCCCUUUGUGCCUCACCCCCACUUCAGCCUAGAAACCCUGACCAGCACCGUGAUUCCUGCCCCUACCCAUGUAUCAGAAGAACUACAAGGUUGCUAUCUGCCCUCCAGACCCCCAGGCCCCCAGUUACAGCCC